AUGGCCGCAUCUAUUCUGGAGGUAGGGAAUGUUAUUGAAGACGCACGCUAUGGCUCCAGUCCUCUGGCUAUGUUAACUGCUACCUGUAACAAGUUCGGCAGCACCAGCCCCAUCAGGGAUUCAGCUACACCCAGCAAGAGCGGCAGCGCAACUCCAGUAAAGAAGCACUACAUGAUGACCUCUGACCUUCAGACAGUGAAGAAUGGCCGGACCGCAGACGGCAGUGGCCUGGCGGACUCCUACACUGGCUCCUUCACCACAGCUGGAGGAGGGGGAGGAGGUGGUGGGCUGCUUACACCCACUGGAAGCCCCCCUCCUUCAGCCGGAGGCUACACUACAGAGUAUAACCCUUUCUCCCACUCCUUCCAGACCUCUGUCUCCCAGGAUCCGUCUCUUUUAGUGUCCAAGACCCACGCUACGGCCGAUUGCCUCACCAGUGUCUACACCUCACUGGAUAUGUCACACCCCUAUGGCUCUUGGUAUAAGGCCGGUAUCCACCCUGGCAUCACUGCUAACCCAUCUAAUGCCACAUCCUCCUGGUGGGAUGUCCAUCCGAACUCCAACUGGCUGUCAGCAACGCAGCCCCAGGCGGACGGAGGCCUCCAGGCCUCCCUGCAGCCUGUAGCACCACAAGCAUCCCUGAGCCCCCAGAUAUCCAGUUACGGCACCGACUUUACGCAACUCAACUCGGCACCUUACCCUUCUGUGGGCCUGGGAUCCUCCUCUCACCUCCUACAGCCUUCCCAGCACAUGCUGCCCCAGGACAUGUACAAGCCCAAGCCUGUGCAGAGCUCAGGGCUGAUGGAGAGUCCCAUGGGCCUAAAGCCUGCCAGGGGAUCAGGGGGCUACAGUGGCGGGGCACCCACUAGGUCCUCAUGUGACUGCCCCAACUGCCAGGAGCUGGAAAGGCUGGGAGCCUCUGCUGCGUCCCUGAGGAAGAAGCCGGUCCACAGCUGCCACAUCCCGGGCUGUGGGAAGGUGUACGGCAAGGCCUCUCACCUCAAAGCCCACUUGCGCUGGCACACCGGCGAGCGUCCCUUUGUUUGCAACUGGCUGUUCUGCGGGAAGCGUUUCACCCGCUCGGACGAACUGGAGAGGCACGUGCGCACCCACACUCGGGAGAAGAAGUUCACCUGUCUACUGUGCAACAAGCGUUUCACACGCAGCGACCACCUCUCCAAGCACCAGAAGACCCACGCAGAUUCUGCCAUGCAGGGGAAAGCUGUAGCUGGGGAGGGAGAGGCAGAUCCUCGGGGUGAGGAGACUGCAGAGCUCAACACCAGCGCUGUGCCCAACAAUCCUGGUGCUGACCAAAUCUCCAACGGAGAAGAGAAGACUGGCACAGCGAACGGAGUGGAGAACAGCAGCGGACUGUUGGAGAUCUGACUUCAGUGAAUCGUCUGUUCAGUGCUUCUUUUGAGACAUGGUGGACUUGUUUUUUUAAUGGUGACAAAAAACACCAUUUAAAUAAAUGAGUAUUUUGUUUUAUGACAUGAAAGGACAUCAGAUUAAAAAAAGACUUGAUAUGAUAAAUGACUGAGCAUGUUGCAGGUAGCAAUGGCUUAAUUUACUGUGGACCACACACACACACACACACACACACACACACACACGAUUAACAAGCACACAACAUGAGCAAAGCCUGCAAACAGAGACCAGUGCACAAAUAUAUGCAGGCACACACAAAUAUGACCAACUAAACCAGGCUGUACGUGAACACAAAUAUAUCAUGCGUGUUGCAUGAGCACAUGCACAUGCACAGCGAUAACUAUUAACAAAUGUGCAAGCAUAUAUAAUGCAUACAUAUAAGCGCACACACAAACCUGUGUCUGCACACACAUGAACACAUACAAGUAAACAUGCUCGUGCACAGACUUUCUGCCUUUCAAAUGAGACAAACCACUGGGGAAAUUGAAUCUGCAUAAGCUGAAGGAAAAGAGCUCUGAAGCCGCAAAAGGAAAGUCCUUUUACAACAAGACUUAUGGGCGGGAUGAUGGAGUUGAUGGAGCGUUGCAUGCCUAGAGAAAGAAAUCCGAUUUACAGCUGUACUUUGAUACUUAUUCAUUAUUACUGAAACAAUCAGAGGACAGUCCUACAUACUGCUUCCUGUUGCUAAAGACGUUUGGUCUCGCAAUUUACUUUUUGUUUGCUGUUUGCUUCUUACUAUGUCUAAUUUAAUUUCAUAUUUACAUAAAUAAUCUAAUUUAUGUCUUAAAUUAUACACAUGGAAGAUUAUCUUGCGCCCUGUAUGAAACAGAAUGCCUGUAACACAUGCAAGAUGGUUGAAGCUGGCCAAAAAAGAAAUUAAAAUGCAUUAAAUUAAUACUUUUUCUCUUAUUUAUUAGUUAUAAUGUGGAGUUUAGUGUUUUUAAAGAUUUAUUUAUAGAUCUUGAAGUUAGAUGUGUGUGUAAACUAUUUCUCUAUAAUCUUUCAAUUGUGAAGUCUUCCACACCUGACAAUGUAAUAAUAAUAAGGGCUUCCCCUUGUUUGUACAUACUAUAUAUUUACAACAAUAUAUGGAUAAUGUUAGGUGUGUUAUUUUUCUACUUUUUUUUAUGUAUUUUCUACAUUUUGUGUAACUUCCAUGAUGAGAACGAUGCCUGUGUUGCUUCACUUAAAAGACACGUAAACCUAAGAGCUUGAUUUGUCGAUUUGGAACUACAGGUGUUUGCAGGUCUGUUGUGAUAUUUGUGUUUAAGAGACUGUAAAUAGUGAUAAGCAUGAACCCUGGUGAAGGUGCACAUGUCGUUAUGAGUUGUGGUGUGGAAUCAUGACU